UCUGUGAGUCUUAGAUUGAGUCAGUAGGUCUGUCAGUCAGGGGUUGACGUCUACGUGGUGAGGUUUGGAACCACUAACCCGGUUGUACACUUAUCACCAUGGUUGAGACCCGUAGUGGGAAGGAGACUAGCCCCUACACCACAGAGCAGCAAGAAAAGAUGGCCGCCUUAGUCAGAGAGAAUAAGGAGAGGAAAGAGCGUGAAAAGCAAGCCAAGCUAAAGGCUAUCGUAGACGAGCAGGCGGCGAAGAUGAAGAGAUUGGAGGAGGAGAUGAAGAGGGUACAACAGGAGGAGGAAGAAAAAAGGAAGGCUGCUGAAGCAGAAGCGGCACCAGAAGAAGAGAAAGAGAGGAUGAAAAUUGAGAGUGGGGAAGGAAGUAGUGGUGGCACGAUGAAGUGGGAGAUAGAUACUGAGCUGGAGAAGAAGAUCAGCGAGUGGGUCACUAAUUUAUCGUUGGGGGAAGACGAGGAGGCGGAGUCCUAUGUAACUAAGGAUGAGAAGGCUGCGCUGGCCGCUGAGCUAGCAGCCAUGCCAGACCCAAUCGAACGAAGAGAGAGGGAAGACGAGCAAAAGUUAGCAUGGAAGUUGAGAAUGAAGAGGGAGAAGAAGAGGAGGAGAGAGGAAGUGAAUAAGAUGACCGCCGCAGUGGCAAAGGUGCAGGAGUGUAGAGCGGAGGUGCUCGCCCAACCAGAUGAUAAGGCCAAGUGGGACAAAGUACUGGGCUGUCUAGAGGUGUUGAGCAAGGCCUGAAUGGAGAAGCGCCAUGCAAACUGGAGUCAGGAUGUAGCGUUGAGUGCCAUGCGGUCCGGGUUCAGGGAUUUUGCGCACGAAAUCGU